AUGCUUGAAUUACUAAUUUCGUUAACGGUAUUAUUAGUAGGAUAUUAUACCUACAAAUGGGUUAUUUAUCCAUUAUAUCUUUCACCUCUUUGUAAAAUUCCUGGUCCACCACCCGACCAUUUUUUGUUGGGAAACUUUGUAGGAGUACCUCAGAUAAAAUGGACCAAGGAUUAUGGAGGAAUUAUUU